AAUGGAAAGUGGAGAUUUUUGGUACCGCAUAUAUGACUCUUAUGUUUGCCCUAAUCGAUAAUACGUUGGAAACUGUUGAUAUCAUACGAAUGUUUGCUUUCAACAAUUAUUCUUUUUGAAAUCUGAAUUUCUUGUUCCACGAAAUAGCGAUGCAGAGUGUUAUUAAUUCUGUAAAAGGUACUGCGCUUGGUGUUGCCGAAUACUUAACCCCUGUGUUAAAGGAAAGUAAAUUUCGAGAAACUGGAGUAUUAACACCGGAGGAGUUUGUGGCAGCAGGUGAUCAUUUGGUACAUCAUUGUCCAACAUGGCAGUGGGCUACUGGCGAUGAAGAUAGAAUAAAAUCUUAUCUUCCUAAAACCAAACAAUUUUUAUUGACACGUAAUGUUCCUUGUACUCGCAGAUGUAAACAGAUUGAAUACAGCAAAGAACAAGAGUGUAUUAUAGAAGAAGAUGAUCCAGAAGGUGGUUGGGUUGACACACAUCAUUAUGAUUCGAGCCUUGGUGGAAUUGAAGAAAGAGUAACCGAAAUGACAUUAGAUGAAACACAACUUUCCCAGUCAAUUGGUACAGAGGAAAAUAAUGGAGAUAAUAAUGAGGAUGAUGAUGAUGAUGAUGAUGAUGGAGAUGCUGCAGAUAUGGAAGCUUUUGAAGUCAGUGGAAUGUUAGACGAACAGGAUAAGUAUGCAGCAAAAAUUACAAAGAAACCAGCUAAUGAGAAAUGGGAAUCAUUUUCUGAAGGAGAAAUUAUUCAUACACGUACAUAUGACUUAUAUAUUACAUAUGAUAAAUAUUAUCAAACUCCUCGAUUAUGGCUUUCAGGAUAUGAUGAGAAUCGUAAGCCUUUAACAGUAGAAGAAAUGUAUGAGGACGUUAGUCAGGAUCAUGCCAAAAAGACUGUUACAAUGGAGGUACAUCCUCAUAUCCCUGGACCGCUAAUGGCUUCAGUUCAUCCUUGCAGACAUGCUGAAGUAAUGAAGAAGAUUAUUGAAACUGUAAUGGAAGGUGGUCGUGAACUUGGAGUACAUAUGUAUCUUAUAAUAUUUCUCAAAUUUGUGCAAUCUGUAAUUCCUACAAUUGAAUAUGAUUAUACACAAAAUUUUAUGUUAAACGCCUCUGGUUAAUAGCUUUACAAAUUUUCAUUUUACCUUAAGGAUAAACGUGAUUUUAGUUUAUAAGCGUAAUAUAUAAAAGAAUGAAAAGCAUUGUGAAGCAUAUAAUAAAUACAUUUCAAUUCAGAAAACUAUAAGCUUGUAUGUGCACAAGACACUUCAAUAUAAAAUCAAAUUUUGCUGAUCUUAUGUAUUACUUGCGAAAACUUGUACCGUUUUAUUUUGUUAUUUUACCAUUGUUACAAAAACAAAAUAAUUAGUAUUUUCUAAAAGUUAUAAACUAUUUUAAAUUAUUCAUGUAUAAAGAUCUUUUAUUUAAAAGAUAAUAUAUAUAUGAACAUAUAUAAAGUUAUAUAUCAAUAGUAAAAAGUAGAACAUAUACAUAUGAAAGAACUGAAUUCAUAAAUAAAUUCGUAUUUCAUUAAGAUUAUUAUUUACCCAUUAAAUAUUUUUACUACAUGAAAUCUAUUUGACAGAUAGAUUUAAGGUAAUUGUCAGUAACAGCAGUGAUAGAAAUGCUGUAAUAAUAUGUAUUACAAGCCCAUAUAUGUAUGUACUUAUUAUGUCUGCUUUAUUUAAGGUUUUCAUGAAUUUAACAUGUUUGAAUACUUUUGAAUAAAAAACAUCUUUAAUAAAAUACAAUAUUUUUUUUAAUAUAAUAGAAUAGGAAUGGAAAUUUGUUCAUCUUUAACUAUUCAGCAUAUACAGAGUGGUCACCUAGGAGUCUAAGCUGGGAUAUUUUCGAUACUGUUAAUUAUAUCCAAAAAUAUUUAAGAUAAAAGUUGAAUGACAUCAAGGGGAGCAUAUUCUGAUGUUAUUAGCUUUUCAGUAGGUAGUCGUGUAAAGGUCAUGUGAAGAUAAAUUUUAUUUUUUAAAUGAAAUAAUAUAUUUUUAUAUAUUUACAUUAAUCGAUGCAGCUCGUGAUUUUCUAUAAGAAAUUAUUAGUCUACUUAAGUCGGAAUACUAUUAGUUUGAUAGAUAUUUUAACUUUGAUUUUGUAAAACUUAUCGUAUGAAAGACUUUCGAAGAUAUCAUCAGUCGCUAUGGUUUGAAGCUCCUUUUCCACUUUUUUGUCCAAGCGCGCGAGGUGACGAGAUAAACCAUCUUAUCCCCACCAUCGCGCACUUACAUCAACUUGCAUUUCUGUUUCUAGGAGACAGUUCGCUUGGUUCAAUUCAUUUCAAAGUAAAUGUAUAAUAAACUUUGAAAUAGUAUUAAUUAAUUAUGUAGAGUUAUUAAUUAUUAUUGUUAAUAAAAAUAUUAAUAUUAAUAUGAUAUAUUAUA